AUGAAAGUAUUCACUAAUCCUGAAGAAGAGAGCAACGCAAGGAUGAUGAUCAGUGCAGCCGUCAGAUCCGGGAAUGGAGAAGCAGCAUGGCAUUUUGUUGAGAAUCCGUAUAAUUUACGUAGAGAUUCUGCUCCUUUUGGAGAUCGGGAUAUUGCUAGAGCUAAAAGCACAAGUCGAAAUGGUGGCCUCUAUGCUAUCCGCAAAAUCUUUGCUGUUGCUGAAGAAAUGACCGAGCCGGUCAUCAGCAUGACCAUUGGUGGAUACAGUUGCGAUGUACAGGAGAUCCCUGCAAAAGUUGCGAGUCAGUGA